GACGAAAAAUAGUAGAACGGGUUAAUUUCAUCCAAAAAAAAUUAUAUGAAAAAAAAAAGUAGUGGAAGGUGGACCAUUUCGAUAGAAGAAAAGUUAACCUAAAAACAUAAAAACAAAGCUCAUCCACAGCUACAAAACUUACACUAUGCUCUGCAACAUCGCUGCCCCAAUUAAUGACACAAUUAUUGCUUUCUUUAGGGGUAUACUCAUAAAUCUCUUCAACACUUUCAGAACCCCACUUCCAAUUUUCCUAAAAACCCACCAAACCCAGAUGGAAGGAGCAAGAAAGGCGCCAUUUUUCCGACCACAAUUGUGGGCUGCAGCGUUGGGGUGUGGAGUGGUUGCAUUUUGUUUGGUGCAAUUGGGGCAUUAUUGCAGUUUGGUUGUGGUGGGUGGCUUGUUGGUUUGCUUGGCUAUGGCAGCGGCUGCGGCGGUGGUAACGUGGAUCACGGUGGUGGUUUUGUUGGUGCUGAUUGGGCGGUCGAGGCGGAGGGUGGUGGCGGAGGGGAGGAAGAUUAGUAAAGAGAUAAUGGUGGGGCUUGUGGUGAAGGUCUUGUUGAAGGAAGGCAAGGUUUUGGGUGGCCUUUGCGGUGCUGCUUUGGGCUGCUUGGCGGUAGCUUGGGGUCCAUCCCUGCCCGUUGCUCAUUAUUAUGCCGCUUGGGAUUGGUGAUUGUCUAAGGAUCAAGUUGUUGGCGUUUGGUGGAGAAGUAGAUAAGCUUAAAUGAGGUUGCUAUUAUAUUUUUGGGGUUUGUUUUUUAUUCACUUUUUGUUUGGUGCCUUUCUUUCUAGAUCAUAAUUAUUGAGUGGAACCACUGUUUCUUGUUGUUAAUGAUCUGUUCUUGUCUAACAUGGAUGCCAUGGCUUUAAGAAUUAGUGUUUUUUCGCGAGGUUUUGAGGUGGUUGUGCAUGCACUGAUUGUAUACGAUGUUAUAUCAAUCAUAUAAUUGUGGCGGUUAACUAUUUAUUUUC